GUUUGUGGUGCUAAUUUGGCAUCUUAAGCUUCAAUUCAACUCAACAGUGUGAGAGAACACGUUAACCAUAGUAGCACCAAUGCAGUAACGCUGCACAGAAAAACCAAAGUGCGGUGAAGAUUCUUAGGCUAAGUUUCCAAUCAUCAAUGGCUGCAUGUUCAAGCCAUCAGUCUCACUAGCGUAGCUUAGCUUAGGUUACAAUUGCAACCGAAAGAGAAGGAAGAAGAAAAAUAGGGGGGAAAUGCAAUCGUUAAGCAUAAAGAGUUUAGGGAAUUGCAGCAUGAGAAGGAGAGUGACGAUUUUGGCGUGUGCUUCGGAGAGAAACGGUUAUGGAAGUGGCAGAGAAGACAGCACCACAAGCUCCUUUCAGUCUCGGAGCCACACUUACGCACUCUUAAAGCAGCAGAUGGAAGUAGCUGCUAAAUCUGAGGAUUACAAAGAAGCCGCUAGGAUUCGAGACUCACUCAAGCUGUUUGAGGAGGAGGAGCCUGUUUUGCGUUUAAGGAGAUUGCUCAAGGAAGCCAUUGCUGAUGAGAGAUUCAAGGAUGCAGCGAAAUACCGUGAUGAACUAAAAAGCAUUGCCCCACAUUCACUUUUAAAAUGUUCAAGUGAUGCUACAACAUUGGGAAUCAGGGUUCAAGUUAGGAGUGUAUAUAUAGAGGGAAGAAGUCAACCUUCGAAGGGGCUAUACUUCUUUGCAUAUAGAAUAAGAAUCUCCAAUAACUCGGACCAACCUGUUCAACUUCUUAGAAGGCAUUGGAUUAUAACAGAUGGUAAUGGGAAAAUGGAAAAUGUCUGGGGGAGUGGUGUUGUAGGUGAACAGCCAACAAUACUUCCCGGGACUAGUUUUGAAUACUCUUCAGCAUGUCCAUUGAACACACCAAAUGGUAGAAUGGAAGGUGACUUUGAGAUGAUACAUAUUGAUAAAGUAGGCUCAAGAUCGUUUAACGUGGCCAUUGCCCCUUUUUCUCUGUCACUCCUUGGAGAUGAUGAAGGCAAUUCUGUUUGAGACAGAAUUGCAAUACCACUUUCUGAGGUUUUUGUGUCGAAUUAGCAGCCGAAAUGUGAUCAAGGAUUGAAAGCAGUCAGAAUUCAUAUUUGCAUUAUUAUUUAAGUGUAAAUUUUUGCCACUGUUGCGAAACGACGAUCAACAAAUAUUUUUCCAUGCAUAUGUACAUAAUGAUGUGAAGAAUUUGGGGAUUUAUACUAUAGAUAGUUCAAAGUUCCAACUCUGCUAUUUCCAAUCACUAUUUCAUUUCAUCUCAAUGUAUGCAGAGGGCGGCGAAAUUACACUAUAUUUUGUGUUUUUUGUUGACCGAGGUUUGCAUUUUUCUUCUCGACAGUUAUUUGAAGUGGUUGUAAUGAAAAUGGAGAAAAGCAAACAAUGUUAUCACCUUUUGAGGGAUCAUCUCACUA